UUGCACACACACGAUGGAAUUUGGCAUGGUCCUACACUUGCGUGCGCGCGGGUUACAUCACGCGAGGCGUCGCGACGGCGACGCCGCGAGAUCGGAGCGUAUACGCGAGAGAGAGAGCAGAUGUUCGUGAUAUUUAAAAAUAUCCGUAGAACUAUUUGCAUGCUGCUCGAUAUUCUCGCCUCGUCUCGUUCGGAUCGGGAAACCCCACAGCGGCGUCGACGUCAGUGGCUUUCGUCGAACUUCCGCCCUUAAAAAGUCAACCCUUUCUCGUGAUUAACCCUAGUCACGCAAUAGUGGUGUCGAACACUUGAGUUUUCUAUUUUAAACGAACAUGAGAAUGUGGUAAAGUUUUUUACGUCGUUGCAGCGUUGUGUCGUCUAAAUUCUUUGAAAGUGCGUUCUGUGUGAUUUAAACUAAGCAGCCUCGUUGACGCCGACAGCCUUAUUUGGAGAGGCAAACGUAUAGAUAGGUGAGAUGUGCUUGCACCUGGCCGCCGGUAACGGACACGUGAACCUGGUGCGUCUUCUGCUGCGUCUCGGCGCCGAUCUCGAGGCGAGGGAAGGGCUGGCGGGAAAAACGGCGCUUCACCUCGCGAUGGAACGUGGAUGUCAAUCGGUGAUUAAUUUCCUGCUGCAGGAGUGCAAGCCCUGUCUGGACACGCAGAUGUACAGCGGUCUGACGGCCUACCAGCUGGCAUUGUGCACCGACGGCCAGCUCGCUAAGGAGCUAGUGCGACGCGGCGCACAGCCGGAGCCGUUGCCGGAAUCGGAUUCGGAGAGCAGUUCUGAGAACAGUUCUGAGGACGAGGCUUACGGAGAGGCGAGUUACUUGCCCGCGAUCGUCAAGAUGCAAAACGCGGUCGAAGUGAAUGUCUGAAGAGUACCCACUGGAUAAGUAUCGUACACUG